AGGGAAAGCGUCAUGGUGACACCGGAAGGCACGGCUGAGCCUAAGAAGAUCUCUCACCAUGGCAGCAAUUUGGGGCCUACUGGUUUGGACUUUCACCCUUACUGCAGCCGAGACAUUGAACUUCAAGAGACCCAGAGGUCCUAAGCAGGGUUCACAAGAUUUCCUCUCCAGUCUGAGCCAUUAUGAGAUCGCCUUCCCAGCCCAGGUGGACCAGAGUGGAAAUUUUUUGACCUAUGAUCUCCGUAAGACCCUUCCUAGCCUCCGUCGGCCCCGGCGGAGCCUUCCUGAUGAGUCCGAGCGUCAGCUAUUCUAUCGGUUGCAGGCACAGAGUUCCACUUUCAUGCUCAACUUAACCUUGCAGACAGAACUACUGGGUCAGCACUUCACUGUGGAAUACUGGAAAAGAGGAGGUGUGGACUGGAAACAUGAGCUGUAUGAAGACUGUCAUUAUGUGGGCCAUGUUCAAGACCAACAGCUAAGUUCCAGAGUGGCUAUCAGCAACUGCAAUGGUUUGCUUGGAGUGAUAGUUUCAGGAGAAGAAGAAUAUCUCAUUGAGCCACUACCGGCAGGUGCCAACUUGACCCGUAAUAGCGAGGGGACCCCACAUAUUGUAUAUAAGCGAUCUUCCCUGCAACGCCAACACCUAGAUGCAGCCUGUGGGGUUAUAGAUGACAAGCCUUGGAAGGAUCGCCAUUGGUGGCUGAGAAACCCAAGACCACCACCCCUAAGGCCAACGUAUAACCAGACACAAAGAGGCCUUCUCCCCCUUAAGCGGUCAGUGAGCACAGAGAGAUAUGUGGAGACCUUGGUUGUUGCUGACAAAAUGAUGAUUGCAUACCACGGACGCAGGGACAUCGAGCAAUAUAUCCUUGCUGUCAUGAACAUUGUUGCCAAACUUUUUCAGGACUCAAGUCUGGGUAACAUUGUCAAUAUCAUGGUUACACGUCUGAUCCUCUUAACAGAAGAUCAGCCUACACUGGAGAUCAAUCAUCACGCAGGAAAGUCUCUUGACAGCUUCUGCCGGUGGCAAAAAUCCAUUGUUAGCCGCAAUGGAAAUGCAAUCCCAGAGAGUGGAAUUGCUGACCACGAUACAGCUGUCUUGAUAACCAGGUAUGACAUCUGCAUUUACAAGAACAAGCCCUGUGGAACUCUAGGUUUGGCGCCUGUAGGUGGGAUGUGUGAGCGGGAAAGAAGCUGCAGCAUAAAUGAAGAUAUUGGCUUAGCCACAGCAUUCACUAUUGCACACGAGGUUGGACACACAUUUGGAAUGAAUCAUGAUGGAAUUGGCAAUGGAUGUGGAUCAAGAGGCCAGGAGACAGCCAAGCUGAUGGCAGCUCAUAUUACUAUGAAAACAAAUCCUUUUGUGUGGUCAGCCUGUAGCCGGGACUACAUCACAAGCUUUUUAGACUCAGGUCUUGGACUUUGUCUGAACAAUGCUCCCCCACGACAAGAUUUUAUAUACCCCACCCAGGCUCCAGGACAGGCCUACGAUGCAGAUGACCAGUGCCGCUUCCAACAUGGAGUUAAAUCUCGCCAGUGUAAAUACGGGGAAGUGUGUAGUGAAUUGUGGUGUUUGAGCAAAACUGGUCGUUGUAUCACUAACAGCAUUCCAGCUGCUGAGGGAACCAUCUGCCAAACAAACACAAUUGACAAGGGGUGGUGUUAUAAGAGGGAAUGUGUGCCAUUUGGAACCCGUCCAGAAGGUGUAGAUGGAGCAUGGGGUCCAUGGUCUUCAUGGGGGGAGUGUAGCAGGACAUGUGGAGGAGGAGUAUCCUCAUCUGCCCGUCACUGUGACAGCCCAAGGCCUACAAUCGGUGGAAAAUAUUGUCUGGGGGAGCGCAAGCGGUAUCGAUCAUGCAAUAUUGAUGACUGUCCUGUGGGUUCACAAGAUUUUCGGGAGUUGCAGUGUGCAGAAUUUGACAACGUGCCAUUUCGGGGAAAAUACUACUCCUGGAAAAGUUACAGAGGAGGUGGAGUGAAAGCUUGCUCCUUGAACUGCCUGGCAGAGGGGUUUAACUUUUAUACUGAAAGAGCUGCAGCAGUGAUUGAUGGAACCCCCUGCAGACAAGACUCAUAUGAUGUUUGUGUCAAUGGAGAGUGCAAGCAUGUGGGCUGUGAUCGGAUACUGGGGUCAGAUACAAAAGAGGAUAAAUGUCGUGUGUGUGGAGGCGAAGGAAACACAUGUGAGACUAUUGAGGGCAUAUUCAAUGAGUCACUGCCAGAGGGAGGGUAUGAAGAGGUGAUAUGGAUCCCCAAGGGCUCUGUUCAUAUUGACAUUCGGCAGCUCAAUUUAUCACUCAAUUACCUAGCACUAAAGGCAAAGGAGGGAGGUGAAUAUUUCAUCAAUGGAAGGCUCCCACCAGACACUUCCCAAAGAAUUGAUGUGGCCGGGACAACCUUUCACUACAGGAGGCCUCAAGAUGAACCAGAGUCAUUGGAAGCUUUGGGGCCUACUAAUGCAACUCUUAUUGUUAUGGUUAUCGUCAGAGAAGAAAUACCUGGGAUCCGUUACAGGUUUAAUGCCCCAAUCAGCACAGACACAAAGAGUGGAUAUACCUGGCAUCUCACUCCAUGGACCAAAUGCUCUUCUAUAUGUGCUGGAGGGGUGCAGUUACAGCAAGUCCUGUGUAAGAAGCUAGAAGAUGGAUCCACGGUUUCUGAUGACAUGUGCAAUGCAUCUACCAAGAUUCCAGAGAAACAGCGUCCAUGUAAUACUGAGCCAUGCCCCCCUGAGUGGGCAAUAGGGCCCUGGUCUGAUUGCACUCGUAGCUGCAAUGCUGGAGUGCGCACUCGUAGCGUGAUCUGCCAGCGUCGGGUGUCAGCAAGUGAAGAGAGAUCUAUGGAUGAUCGUUCUUGCCCCCAACCACGCCCAUCAAUGCUGGAACCCUGCAAUACAGAAACAUGUCCACCAGAGUGGGUGGCUCUGGACUGGUCCGAGUGCACACCAAAUUGUGGACCAGGGCACAGGCACAGAGUAGUCCUUUGCAAGAGUGGAGACCAUGGGAAUACAGUGCCUCCUUCCCAAUGCCCAGCCAAAGACAAACCUGCAACUAGCAUGCGUUGUACCGUGCAAAGAUGUCCUCCACCCCGCUGGGUAACUGGAGAAUGGGGAGAGUGUUCUGCCCCAUGUGGCCUUGGGCAGCAGAGACGUUCUGUGCAGUGCCUAAGUCACAUAGGUCAACCCUCAAUGGAAUGCACAGAAUCUCUGCGCCCUUCUGCCAUGCAGCAGUGCGAAAACAAAUGUGAGGCCGGACCCUCUGAUAGCCCAGAUGAAUGUAAAGAUGUGAACAAGGUGGCAUACUGCCCUCUGGUGCUCAAAUUCAAGUUCUGCAGCCGCCCCUACUUCAGACAGAUGUGUUGCAGAACUUGCCAAGGACAUUGACCUUAACACAGCCUUCCUCUUGUUGUUGUUCUUCUCUUCAUUUUCUUAUUCUCUCCCA